AACCUUCAGUAGUAGUUGUUGACAGUGAGGCGAAGGGGAGGUGUCUUGCGGUAAUGUGUGUACUGGAGAUGAUGAGAGUGAAGUGAGUCAUGCUUUCCAUCCUGCUUCUGUACUUUGUAGUUCAGGGAGCAGGUGAGGCUACAGCUGACAGUGGCAAGUCAUCAUGGGAGUGUGUGGCCAUAGAUGGGGUGCGGGUGGCCAAUGGGGAAAUGUUUGUCCCCGGUCCAGACUACUGCACUGUAUGCCGCUGUGAAGAGGGCAAGUACAAGGAGUGCCAGUCAGUGCUCUGCCAGCCUCCUCAGAAUUGCAAGUCAUUCCGCCUGGGUAGAACUUGUUGUGACUUUAUUUGCCUGGAUGACAAAUUGCCCACAUUACCUGAUGCCGAUGGCCCGUCCACUGACCUGGGGCUGCGCAUGGUAGCCUCUGCUGUUACUGCCAUCCUUUCUCUAGCCCUUCUGCUUUUCCUCAUUCAUAGACUGAGGCAGCGUAGACUGAGAGCUCAACAGCAAUAUUAUGAAGACCAGUUGGAUUCUCCUAUUGGACCCAAUCCAGAUUCUUGCCAUAGCAAUGCUUGCUGUCACAAUGCUGCAUACUGUAAUGGCAAUGAUCAUGUGGAUUUCUUUUUAGAUGGCCAAACACCACCAUAUUCUCUCUGGAAACCACCUUCAUUUUAUUUUCCACAUGAAGAUGCUCCCCCACCUUACAGUGAAGUAGUAGAAAGUUCUUUUAGAAUGCCACAGACAAGCUCCUCCUACCCAGCUUUGGGCCCACUUAUGGUGCAGCUUGGACCUGCAAGAGGUGAAUCCUCAGAAGGUAAUGAAGGAGGAGCUCUGGCACUUAUUGGAGCUAUUGGUGGCAGCUACAGAAGUCCUUGCACAUCAACUCAGCCAACAUCUAGAGCUGCUUCCAGCCCUGCCAAACAUUGGGAUGUGACAUUGAGGUCAGAUGAAGUGUAUGAGGAUGUUGAUGUUGAUGAUGUAACUCCAGAGGAUCUUCCCCCACCUUACUAUCCUACCAUUCACCCUCUCAACAACCUGGAUCACAACACUGAGGUGACCAGGGAUACAAUACAAAACAAUAGUGGGAGGAGCUCUGAGGCAGGUGCUCAACCUCAGGACCCUAAUUGUAGGUUGUGUGGACCUGAACAACACCCACUUGCCAGCACCAGCACCAACAGCAGCAAUGUGGAACAGAAUCAGCGUGGAGCCUCUGCCACACCCACCAGAUUACGCCCCAAAGAAGGACACUCCUCAGCCAGUCACAGGGAUGCUGGCCGUACAGCCACCAUGGAACAGUUUCAGCUGCGCCUCAGUAUGGACAUGUCUGACUCCUCACUUUCAUCUGAUGUUCCUACAAGGACAUUUUCCUCAUCUUCUGAAGAUUCUACCUCGAUGGAUAUGACUUCUGAGAUGCGACCCCCAAGAACAUGAAAGCCAACCAUCUGUGUGCAGUACAUCAAUUUUUUGUGUUAGUGUCUAAAUCGUAGAAAUUUUAAAAUUUCAAUGUUGUUUUUUUUAUUUAUUUAUUUAUUUUUGUUUUGUACAUUAUUUCAGUUAAUGUCUUUUUUCUUUACAUGAAAUCUAAAUGGUAGGUUAUAAGUACUAUGAAUUAUGUAUUCCAUCUUACAUUACUUCUUAACUAGACAGUGUAUCAUAUGCAUGUAUUGACUGUGGGAAUUUAGCAAUUUCAUCAUCAUUUUAUAUCAUUGAAGCUAAGAAGCUCAAUAAUUUUUUUAGAUAAGGUUUGUUCAAGAAGUUUAGUGCAAAAUGCAUCUUUAUGCAUAACUAUAGAUACAAGCACUAAUUUAUUAGUUACCUUUAUCAUUAUCCUCUAAGGCCAGUCUAAGUGAAAAUAUCACAAAAUUUUCUUCAGAAAGUAUGAAUACUAAUUUUCAUACAUUGUGUUAAUCACUCCUCACAGUACUAUGCUUUUUUGUCACGGAAUGCUGUGUUGUGGGAGAUACACUCUAAUUUAAGGAGGACAGCUUUCACUAUUCCAUUAUUUUGAAAGGCAGGUUUCAUGGGUCAGCCAUUGUCACCUUAAGGUAGCUUGCCAAACUGUACAUCAAUGUGUAACUUGUAUAUCAGGUCCUUUAUUUUAGAGGUCCUUCCUCAGGAGUUAUCCCAUGUCUUCCUUAGUCUACCCACUGGCAUUCUGCCUUUCCACUCAAAAAAUUUUAUUACACCUUCUAUCAUUCAUAUUCUUCCUCUCUACAUUCCAUAUCAUUGCAUUAUACAUGUUUUCAAUACUUCACUAAUGUUUUAAGUUACAACUAAGCAUCUCAACUCAUUCCAUAAAGAAAAUAUUUUGUCUAGCAAAAAGUAAAUAUUUUAUCACAACUAGCCAACACUACAUAAUUUGUUGGCUGAUAUAUCAUAAAAGUAUUACUAUUGUAUUUGACUGUAUCUUCAUGCAUCACUGUACAUUAAUUGUUAAUUUCAUUUAGUUCAUUACCUGACUGACAUUCUCUUACACAAGAUCAAUCUCAUACAAAAUAGACAAGUUUUUGGAGAUCAGCUAAAAAUUUUUGGAAUAAUGGAUGAAUCUUUAUCAGCCAUCCAGCUGAAGUUUGAUGAGUCAUCAUUGAGCUCUUCAGGAAUAUUUUUUUUUAGCCUGGUUGGAUUGGUUAAGUGUGGACAGUUGAAUUACUCCAUCAUGUAUUCUUUCUCCUGUAAGUCAAGUAUUUCCAAGUGUUAUAUGCCUUUACUUUUUAGUUGGCAACCUUAUUUAUCAUUACAUUAUAUUAUUUUGUCAUCUUUCUACUUCAUCAUCAUCAUCAUUAUCUUUAAUGCCAUUUCAGUUUUUAGGUAGCUUCUGCAAGGGGUAGCUAUAGCAGAAUUAUCUUUUGGAUUCUUGUAAUUUUAUUUAUGUAAAUACCAUGUUACAUUCUUUCACGGUUUGUUAUCUUAUGUAAUGUUUCACUUUUUAAUAUCCUUUCUCUUAUGUAAUGCUAUAUUUGUGUCUUGUUUUGUUAGUUUUUCUUCAUUUGCCCUUUGCUUAAGUUUUCCCAUCUUUUCCAUUUUACAGUUCUGCAGUUCAUUCUUGAAUCCCACUUUGUUUCCAUCAUUUCUUAUCUUCCUCUGUAAGUUUGUCUUUGCAUUGCAUGUAAACUACAUCUUAUAAGGCAUAAAUAAUUUAGAUAAGAUGUUAAGAAAGGAAUUCUAUUAGUUUUAUGAUUUUGCAAUGGUUAUGAAGACAAGUCAUAGAAUACAUUGUGAUGAGAAAGAAAACAAAUUAAGAUGAAUUUUUAGGAGGUAGCAGCAGAAGAAUCUUUGCUUAUGUACUUCUAUCCUAUCAAUCCUUUGCUAAAAGUCCUAUAUAUUCUCUCUCUCUCUCUCUCUCUCUCUCUCUCUCUCUCUCUCUCUCUCUCUCUCUCUCUCUCUCUCUCUCUCUCUCUCUCUCUCUCUCUCUCUCUCUCUCUCUUAUUGUUCAACAUCAUAAAUAUGUGUCCACAUUUUUUUCUUUUAGUACUUCAAAGCUAAGUAUGAGUGGUGACAAAAAAUUAAGAUCUGAAGUGUGUGUGUGUGUGUGUGUGUGUGUUUUUUUUUUUUUUUUUUUUUUUUUAAGAAGUGAUGAUAAUUUUCAUUUUAGAAAAUUCAUUAUAUUUGUCACUUUCAGCUCCAUAGACUUAGGCUACAAUUGUGAUUCACAUGCUACUGAAACUUCAUAUCAGUCCAGGGCCUCCCAUCCCAAUCUUGCAGCCAUCUUUUAUCUCUCCUCUACAUAACUCUUAUUUCUUUUCUUUGUCACAAAGUUGUAAUGCUUGCUCAGAGAUUCUGUGGUUGAUUACGAUUUGCCCCUCCUAGGAAUUUUUGUGUAUGUGUAUGUGGGUACCAGAAUGUUUAAAAUAUGUAAACAGUAUUUAUACUUUACAUAUACAGUAUUUUACUUAAAUCUAUUUAAUUAUAAAACCUUAUACAGUAAUUAUACAUUUACUCUCUCUCUCCC